AUGAGACCUGCAGACCUGGAGCAUCGUCAGAGGAAGAGAGCAGCUUUCGCCUGGCUGUGUCUCAAGACCUGCUUUCUUCAUCUUAAAGCUGGGAAUAAUGAUAUCCCUCCUGUACCUAUUCUUCCUAAUGAGAUUUUGGCUACUUCCUCAGUAGACAAGGGGCUGGGCAGGCUGAGUAAGUGCACUGUUUUGCAGGAAGAGAUCCAGUGCCAGGAAAUACCUUUGAGAGGAAACAUUAAAGGCUCCAAAAACAUCCAGGAUGGUGGCAUAGCUAUUAGACUGGAUCCUGUUGAGACCAAAUUAAACAGCCGUCAAAGUAAAAACAGCAAAACCGAGAUUACUGACAUCGACAGUGCUUGUGGUGAGCUCUUUGACCAUGCAGGGAGCAGCCACAUGUGCAAAGAACUGGCAACAGAGAUUGCUGUCAUUCUGGAUGGAUCAGAGAGCACCAAGCGAGAUGAUUUCCAAAAUGCCAAGAACUCUGUCCUUAAUAUGAUGAAGUCAAUGUGGCAGAAAUGCCCAAAGAUUAGGUUUGCCGUGAUACAGUACGGAGCAGAGAUCCAAACCGGACUGAGCCUGCAAGAAAGCUGCCACAGAUCAGUUGCUCUCUUCAAGGUCCAAAGCAUGAAGCAGCAGGGCUCCCAGACUGACAUUGCAGCCACACUGCAGCAUGUGCUGGACAAAGUCUUUGAUGAAAGCCAUGGUUCCAGCUGGACAGAUGACAGGAUAAUCAUCGUCCUGGCAUCUGGGCAUGUGUUUCUGGAUAAUCACCGACUGAGAAACGUGAUGAACUCCCUGGAAGUGGCUAAGGUCAAACUCUAUGCUCCUGCGAUUGGAGAGUUUAUUAGCAAUCAGUGGGCCCCAGAAGAGUUGAGAAAAGUUAGAAGUGACUGGUUCGUGCUGUCCACAUAUGAAGAUUUUCACAGUUUCCUUUUAGAGCUGGAGAGGAAUACUCUGAGUGCUUCAGCUGAAAAUGUUCCAACUGAAGCACUAAAGUAUGGAAACAUUAAUGAUGAUGAUGGCAAGCUCCCUUCCUGGAUGGAGAAAGACAAAGAGGAGGAGGAGGAAAAUGACUUGCGCUCUGGAACAGAGAUUGUUUUUAUUUUGGAUGGAUCAGGGAGCAUUGAGCCAGAAGAUUUUGAAAAAGCAAAGGCCUUCAUCCACAAGAUGAUGAAAACACUGUAUGAGAAGUGCUUUGAGUGUGAUUUUGCAGUGGUGCAGUACGGCUUUGAAAUCAGAACUGAGUUUGACCUGCGAGAAAACUGGAAUCCAAAUGCCACCCUCCAGAAAGUUCUUGAUAUUGUGCAGGUGUGCAAUGUGACCAAAACAGCAUCUGCCAUGCAGCAUGCCCUGGAUUCUAUCUUCACUGAAAGUCAUGGGUCCCAGAAGAAUGCAGCCAAGAUCAUGAUUGUACUUACAGAUGGGGAAAUACUCCUGGAUGAAAUGAACUUGACAACAGUAAUAAAUUCACCUAAAAUGGCAGGAAUUGAGCGCUAUGCCAUUGGGGUGGGAGAUGCCUUCAAGAAACCAAAGGCUCUAAAUGAAUUGCGGCUGAUUGCAUCUGGUCCAGAUGAUACUAAUGUAUUUCAGGUGACCAAUUAUUCAGCACUAGAUGGGCUGCUUUCAACGCUACAGCAGAGUAUUAUUGGUAUAGAAGGUACUCAAGGUGAUGCUCUAGAAUAUGAGCUUGCACAAGCUGGUUUUAGUGUGCAGAUCCUGGAUAAGGCAAUCUUAAUGUUUGGUGCUGUGGGGGCCUUUGACUGGUCUGGAGGAAUUCUGCUCUAUGGACUAGCAACCAAGACAGCUGUUUUCCUGAAUGAGUCUAAAGAGGAAGCCAAAAAAGUGAAAUAUAGUUACCUAGGAUACAGCAUGGCAGUGGUAAACACAGGAUAUGGAGCCUUGUAUGUGGCUGGAGCUCCACGGCACGGCAUGACAGGGAAGGUGUUAGUGUUUCAGGAUGGUCUCUUAAAACAGACUCUGCAAGGAGAACAGGUUGGAUCUUAUUUUGGCUCUGAGCUCUGCCCGCUUGAUGUGAACCAUGAUGGGGUGACAGAUCUUCUCCUCGUUGGAGCUCCGUUCUAUCACAUCCGAGGGGAAGAAGGAAGGGUUUACGUCUAUCGCCUGGAGACAGAGACUGGUUCAUUCACCUUGGAAGGACACUUAAAUGGGCAGGUGACCUCUCCUUUUGCAAGGUUUGGGUUUACUGUGGCCAGCAUUGGAGACAUCAACAGGGAUGGAUACGAGGACGUUGCAGUUGGAGCCCCCCUUGAAGAUCAGCUUUCAAACAGUUCCUCUUUUGGCAGUAUUUACAUCUUUAAUGGUGAUAAAGACAGGAUCAAAAGCUCUUUUUCCCAAAGAGUAAAAGCCUCUGAAAUUUCUCCAGAACUCCAGUAUUUUGGACAAUCCAUUGAUGGUGGCUUUGAUUUCACUGAAGAUGGUCUCCAAGAUAUUACAGUAGGAUCACUGAAGAAUGUGGUUUUGCUCCGCUCCAGACCAGUUGUCCAUUUUCUCACCAGCAUGACGUUCACCCCUGAGAGAAUAUUAAUUUUCCAUAAUAACAGCAUCAUUACUGCAAAACUGUGUUUCAAUAUAAUCUCAGCGUUACCAGCAUCCCAACAAGUGUUUUCGCAGUUAUACGUUCUCUACAUGGUGGACUUAGAUGUGAAAAUGCCAAAGAAGAGAGUGCAGUUUGAAGAUCAGAACACCACAAGAAGCGGACAGCUGUUGGUCAGCAAGGACAUGUGCUUAGAGCUGCAGCUCUACGUGCUGCCAUGUGACUUCAACUGCUUUUCUAGUGUUAUUCUCAGAGUUAAACACAAGCUCUUUAAUAAAAACAGUAAUGCGGAAUUUGCUGUUCCUAUGCUGGAUAGGUAUCAGCCAUCCGAGAUGCAUUUUCAGUUGCCUUACAAGAAGGACUGCAACAACAAGACCAUCUGUACUGCUCAUUUAACUUUGACAAGUCAGAUUCCAAAAGAAUUAGUAGUGGGCCACACUAAAGAAGUGACUGUGAAUUUUUCCCUAACUAACAGCGGAGAUGACUCUUACAUGACAACUAUGGUUUUGAACUAUUCUAAAAACUUACAUUUUAAAAAGAUGACUGCUGAGCCAUCCUCUCCAGUUAUUCAUUGUGGUCAGCCAGUACCAUCCACUUCUAUAGCCUCGUCCUUAAACUGCAGAAUUGGGCAUCCAAUAUUCAAUAAGACAACUGCAAAUUUUUCAGUGAUUUGGCAAUUACGUGAAACCGUGUUCCAAAAUAAGUCUACAAUGAUUGUUAAUGUCACCAACGUAAACGAAAACAGCACCAUUCUGACUGAAGAGCACGUCCUUGAUAUCAGAUAUGCGUUCAUUGCAGUCCUUACCAAACCAGUUUCCUUAAUGUAUGUGAAUGUUACUCAAGGACUCCUUGAAAACAAAGAGUUCAAAUUUAAUAUAAAUGGAGAAAAUCGCUUUAAAGCUACCAUCAAGUUACAGAUUUGGGUUCCUAUCCGUUUACAUGGUCACAACAUCAUAAGUGUGAAAAAUGCAACAGGAACACAGUUCUUAAAACCUAGAACCGAUUUGCUGGUCGCUGCGAAAAUCACCUUCGACAGACAACUGUAUCUGGGCCUGAAAGAGGAGAAUCAUAACGCUGAGAUUACUCUCAUCUUGCUGAAAGAGGAAGCAUUCGAUCCCUUGCCAGUUAUCAUAGGAAGUUCUGUUGGUGGACUUCUCUUGUUGGCUUUCAUUAUUCUGCUCCUCUGGAAAUGUGGCUUUUUCAAAAGAAACUAUAAAAAUAUGAUGGAGCAAGAAGACAACUCCUGAAGACUAGGCUGGCCAAAGCAGAAAGCUCUGUGUUCCAUCACCCGGUCUUUGGAAAUACCAGAGUCAAAGUCUGGCUGAGAUGCAAAACGAAUCAUAUUCCCUGAGCUGGGAUAGAUCUGUGAGACUCCGGAUCUUAGGACUUUUGCAAUUCACUGCUUUGAUUGUGGGGGCCCUGCGCUUUUGGGCAAUCCAGUUACCUGCUUGUUCAACUUGAAUUGGCUGCUUGUUAAAAAGGGGCUGCCUGGUACUGAUAAGCUAGAUUCCCCAGAGUCUAGCUAGAUUUUGCCUUACUGUAGAUAUGCUAGGGAAAAUUCAGCCUGGAGCCUGUGAGGUUUAUGCAUUGGAUUGCAUUCUUAGUUGUUGUGAUGCUGAGUGGUUCUUAAAUUGAUUUUAAUACUGAAUAGCUUCAGAAUAGAUUGAAAUAGAAAUGGAUAGAGGAGGCUUUCUGUUCUGCUAUUGCUAAUGAACAUGGAGAGCCAAAUGUUCUGUGUAUGUAUGUAUCUAUAGAUACAUAUAUAUAAAGAUUUGUGUAUUUUAAUGCAGCAGAACUUUUUUUUUUGAUGUAUCUAAUCCUUGGAACCACAAGUGCAUGUGGUGAUGAGUUUUGUUUUUUUUUUUUAACCUCAUGAUCUCACUUCUGCUUUUCCAUUUUGAAUUGUUUUCAAAUCCUGAUUUCGUUACAAAUAAAAAUAUGUUUUAUGGAUCUCAUUACCAGUUCUGAUAGACUUCUCUUGU